GUCGAGUAUCUCUCGCUACCUCAAGCUUACGCCUUACGCUUUACUUUGUCACUGUCACUAUCGCAGGUUUCGCCGUUUCGUACGGUAGUCUAGUGAUGUCCGUGAUCGCCGCGAUCACCUUAUAAAACCAGAGUUCAAAAAUGCUGUCACCCAAAUUUAAACUAUGACAAUGCGGCCCACCAAUUCCUACUAAAUAAUACAUUCAAAUUUCACUUUAUUUGAUUAUACCUUACCACCGUUUUAUUUUGCUCACACUAUCAUCGACAUAACCUAAUAUUCUGUGCGUGUUUUGAAAAUAAGAAAACGAGUGCCACAAUGGAAACGAAUACGCAAAAUUACAAAUUAUACAAGUUAGUGCUUACUGGUGGGCCAUGUGGCGGAAAAACUACCGGGCAAGCCAGGCUAUGCACCUUUUUCGAAAAUCUGGGCUGGAAGGUAUUCCGGGUACCUGAAACUGCAUCGGUACUCCUCAGUGGUGGAAUCAAGUUCACUGAUUUGGAUGACAAAGAAGUUUUCAGUCCAAGAUCGGCAGUGCUCGCUUGUUUGCGAAAUGUAAAAAGCCUAACAAAAGCCGGACAAGACGGACACCGUUUAUUUUAGCCGGACAUGCAAUCAAAAAGCCUAACUAUGUCCGGCUUUAUCCGGACGCCUGGCAACGCUAGUUGGGAGGCCUGAUUGUAAAGGAAGAUGAGGAAUUGG